AUGUGUUCGAGUUGUCAGCAAAAUGGUUAUUAUUACAACAAUGGAUUUUGUAACAAGUGUUCAGUGAAUUGUGAGAGUUGUCAAAGCAAAGAAACGUGUGAUGUAUGUAAAGGUGGGUAUUACUUAAAUAGAGGUUUGUGUGAAUUGUGUUCAACAAGAAAUUGUAAACUCAGUGAUGAUACAAAAUGUGAGAGUUGCAUAGAAAACUCGUUUUUGAACAGUGGGAUGUGUGUAUCGUGCAAUGAGAAAAUUCCAAAUUGUGAGAAAUGCAACAGUAAUAACGUUGACGGGCAAUGUCUUCUAUGUUCGAAUGGGUUUUACUCGAAUGGACCACAGUGUGUUAAAUGUGACACGUCUUGUGGGAAUGAGGGGUGUGUCAAUGGGAAGUGCACAAAUUGCAUAGACAAUAAAAUUUUAGACAAAAGUGGGAAGUGUGUUAAACCAACAAAUUGCGACCGUGUUGAUAACAGUAAAUGUGUUGUCUGCAAAGACGGUUAUUAUUUGUACAACAAUAUUUGUGUUCAAAAAGCGUCAAACACGCCAUGCAACUCAAUUCAGAUCACAGAGGAUGUUUGUCUUACCAAAGAAGAUGCUGGGUGUGAUGAAGUUUCAAAUGGCAAGUGUGCAUCAUGUCAGAGUGAAUUAAUACUCGACAAAGGAAUGUGUAAAAGUUGUUCCUCGUCAAUACAAAACUGCACAAGUUGCGCCACUUCAAGCAGUGAAAACAUCAUGUGUUCUGUGUGCAGAGAAGGGUUCUUUCCAGAGAAGACAUGUAAGUCGUGUAGAAUGAUAUAUGGGUGUGAGUUGUGUGUAAACUUGCUUGUUGGCAAUGUUGAAAGCACUCGAAUUUGCACGAAAUGUUUGAGUGGGUAUUAUUUGCAAGAUGGUGAGUGUCUCCAAAUCAAAAACUGUGUUGCUAACACAGAAAAUGAGUGCACAAAAUGUGAACAGAAUUAUAUUAUAGAAGAAAAUGAAUGCAAAGAAUACACAACACAGCUGGGGUGUAUUGCAACUGAUGGUGUGUUUUGCACGAUGUGUUCUGAUGGAUUUUACUUGUCACAAGAAAGUCGGCGAUGUUUGUCGUGUUCAGUUGCGAGUUGCAGCAGGUGCGACACAACUGGCAAAUGUGUUGAGUGCAACACAAGCAACUCAUUGAAAGACGGGAAAUGUGAGAAGUGUGGGAUUGUUGGGUGUUCACUCUGCAACUCGACAGGUAGUGAUUGUCUACGUUGUGACAAAACCCACUUCUCAACAACACUACCAACAUUACAAUGCACAGAGUGUACCACAAUAACGAUUGGGUGUUUGGAGUGUACAAGUGAUCACUUUACGAUGUGUCAAGACGGGUAUUUCAUAGACACCAUAGAUUACAAAUGCAACUCAUGCAAAAUGAUAGAGGGGUGCACAACAUGCUCACUUGAAACAAGGAAGUGCUUCAAGUGUUUGGAUGGGUUUUAUUUGUUGAGUGGACAAUGCGCUUUGUGCAACAAAACCACCCAAAAGUGUGGAAGGUGUUCGAGUGAUUCAAAUUGCAACAACUGUAAAGAAGGAUACUUUUUGGAGGAGAACACGAGCCACAAAUGCAGUGAGAUAGACGGGUGUGAGGUUUGCGACGAAUCAAGUCGUCUCUGUUUUAAGUGCAAAGACUAUUACACCGGAUUAAUAGAUGGAAAUGGGUACAAAUGUGUCGAUUGUGAAACUGCAAAUGAAAACUGUUCGAGGUGUUCAAUUGAUGGAAAUUGCACCGAGUGUGAAAGUUCUUUUAUGUUAAAAGAGGGUGUUUGUGUUGAGUGCUCAACUUCAACUUUGAAUUGCCAUGUUUGUGCAACGACAAGUUCGAGGUGUCUGUCGUGUGAUGUUGGGUAUGGUGUUGAUGAUAAUGGGCAAUGCCAGAAGUGUGUUGAUGUGAAUUGUCUUGACUGUGAGUUGUAUGACAAAUGUUCAAAAUGCAAAGAAAACACAAUUCUCACAGACGGGAGUUGUGUGAGUUGCAGUGUUGACAACUGUAAGACGUGCGAUUUGAAUGGGUUUUGUGUUGAGUGCAAAUCCAGUUAUUAUCCAAAUGAUGGCGUUUGUCAAAGCUACAAUUUGAGUUCUCUCAAUUGUGUUGAAACGUCAACAAUCAGAAACGAGUGUCUGAAGUGCAAUAUAAAUUAUUAUUUGAAAUUGGGAAAGUGCUAUCCAUGUAACUCGUUUGAUGCCAAUUGUGUUGAAUGCAACUACAGCACAUGUUUAAAGUGUUCAGAAGGAACAUAUCCAAGUGGAUUUAAGACGUGCCUUCAAUGCAACAACAUGGCAAACUGCACAAAGUGCCAACAAACAUCGCCUGUUUUCACAGAGUGCCUUUUCACGUCUUCUCCAAAUGGGCAAUUGGUAAAUGGGUAUUGCAAAGAUUGUACUGUUGACGGUUGUGUGAAAUGCAAAACAAAAACGUCUGGUAGUAAUGUGUAUCCUGUUUGUGAAAUUUGCGCACCGGGGUAUAACCUCAACUCGAAUGACGAAUUUUGUUAUAAAAACACGAUUAACAAUUGUGAAGAGUAUGAAAUAAACACCAACACGUGUUUAAAAUGUAAAAAUGGUUUUGCCCUCAAUGGAACCACAUGUCAAAGUUGUGCCUCUACACUUUCUAACUGUGAAGAAUGCGCGUCAACAUCGAGUUGCACAAAGUGUUCAGAGGAAUAUACUGUUGGCACAGACAACACUUGCCACACCUGUUCUGAUGUAAUACCAAAUUGUCACAAAUGUUAUUCUGACACUUCAAAAUGCAAAGAGUGUGCAUGUUACAAUUUGGAAGGUGUCAAAUGCACAAAAUGCAAUUUUGGGUCAUACAUUGAAAAUGGGAGGUGUGUAGAAGUGAAGGCAAACGAGUUCAAAACAUCAGAAACAACUUCGAAAGCGUGUCGCCUUCAAAUACAAAACUGCUACAGCUGCAACUACACGACAAGUGAUGCCAUUUUUGAUACAACAGCAGUUGAGUGCAACAAAUGUCUUGAUGGGUAUGGCUUUGUUUCAAGCACAAUGAGAGUCUGUGAAAUCUGCCACAACGAAGUUGACGCGAGUUCUGUGUGCAUCACAUGUGAAAAUGGGUGCAAGAAGUGCUUCAUCAAAGACAACCUUACAAAAGAGCAGUCGUGUGUUGAGUGCGAAGAUGGGUUUGCAUUGAGGAAUGGAAAGUGUCUUAAAAUAGAAAACCGUGAGUAUUGUCUUGAUGAGUUGCACAAUGUCGGCUGUGAAUCAUGCGCCAACUACUACUCAACUGUUGAAAUUGGCACAAAGUGCUCGCCGAAUAACAGAAACACGAGUUGCUCAUUCUACAAUGAAAAAGGUGAGUGUUUUGAAUACAACGACAAACCAAAAGUGUCAUCUUUAAUAAAAGCAGAAGACGCAAGUGAUGUCAACUGCCAAAAGUGUGAAUACCAGAAAGGGCACUGUCUCUCUUGUCAACGUGGUUUUGUCCCAAACUUGUCAAAUCCACCAGUUUGUACAGAGUGCGGGUGCAGAGAGUGUAACAAGAUCAACAAAUGCAAAAUAUGUAUCAGCGAGUCAAACAACAACAUUGGAAUUUGCACAAGUGACAGCAACUGUGUUUCGACAACAAACAACACUUGUUUGAAAUGCACAGAUAGUCAUUACAUAACAAAAGGGAUGUGUGAAGUGUGUGAUCAUAAUUGUGUGUCGUGUUCAAGUGACAGCAAAAAGUGUUUGAAAUGUGAAGAUGGUUUUGUACUAGUGAAUGAUGAAUGUGUUUCGCUUGAAGAGUCAAAUUGUGUUAUUCAAAAUGAUGCUACAGGUCGUUGUGAGUUAUGCAGAGAAGGGUUUGUGUUUGACGCAUCAAAUGAGUGCAAAGAAAGUGGUAUAACAAAUUGUCUGAAUGAAAACUCAAACAAGUGUGUGAGAUGUCUACCAACAACUCUUUUGGGCAUUUCCAACAGAGAAACGGUUUGUUCUAAAAGUGCAAAAAUAAACAACUGCAAUAUUUUAAGCUCAACUGGUUGUGUAAAGUGCGAAAGUGGAUAUUACAUGGAUGGGAUAGAGUGUGAGCGAUGUGAUAAGAACUGUGAGCAGUGUGACACAAAUGCAACGACAUGCAUAUCGUGCUAUUUUGGGUUUAUUCUCAACGUGCAAACGAGUCACUGUGAUUCGAGUGAAGAUAUAAAAACUUCAUGUGCGAAAUUUUUGAGUGAUGGAGGAUGUGCAAUAUGCCAAAAUGAGUAUUAUUGGCAAGGGAGAAAUUGCUACAAGUGUGGCAACAACUGCACAACUUGUUCACAGAACGAAGGCAAUUGCCUGACAUACAAUAUUGAUAACGGAUUUUAUCAGAACGACACAAAUGGGAUUCAUUGCAUUUCCAGUGAGCGAACUUGCAAACUGUUUGAAAUAUGA